AUGAAAAAAGUACUCAUAGCUUGGAUAUUCAAAUGGUACUUCUUUGUACUAAUUGUAUUGUUAGUGGCAGGAAAAAUAUAUGGAGAAAGCUCUCAAGAGAUAUCAGAACCUUCAAACUUUUUCUUUGAAAAGAGUUCAGGAAUGGAUUAUAGUAAUGAUAUUUCAUACGAAAAUGCUGAUUUUACAAUACUGAAUUUUAGUCCAACAGAAAAUAGUGAAUAUAGUUAUUCAAUAGAAUCGCCUUCUGGAACUAAUGAACCUUUAAGGUCUCCAUAUUAUAACCCUUUUCUUUUUGAGCAUGAACAAGGUAAAAAAAUAGUAUGUCAAGAACAGUUUUGUACUAGAGGAUUAUAUGGAAAAAAAUCAUCCAAACUAUUUAAAUCUUAUAUUAAAUCGGUUUUGAAUCAUUAUAUACUGGAAUCAAAGGUGAGAUCAUGGUUUUUUAGAUUAUGGAGUGAAUCUACAGUAUUAACUUCUCCAGUAUUAUAUAUUGAAAAAAAACCAGAAUUCAAAGAGAUUUACAAACUUGCCAGAAGGAAUUAUCAAAAACUUAAAGAUUCUGCUGUUAUAGUCAUACUCAAGGUAUUAACAAAGAAGGUAUCCAAAGAGCUCACUUUGGAAGAAAAGGAAGAAGAAGAAGCUUCCAAAUCUAACUCAGCAGAAAAUAGAGAAUAUUCCUCUACAGAAUACGAAGGAACUAGAACUGAGGAACAAGAUACCUCCCGAGGUAUUUCUUCUUCCAUUAGCCAAACUGUCAAAAGUCUUUGUGUUAAACUUAGGAGUCUAAGCAAACACAGAAUGAGUGAUAAUGGCCAAUCAUAUUUGUUUGUAGUUGAAGCAUAUGAAAUUACUGAUAGACUCAUUUUUUCAAGACUCAUGACUAGUUUGAUCCAAACUUCCUGUUGGAAUAGGGCAAACAUAAACAAAUCUAGAGUUAUUAUUCCUGUUAUUGUUGGUCAUUUUAAAUAUAGUAAAGAGAACAAUGGUAUUUUAAGUGAUGUAUAUGAUUCAAACUUCAAAUCUAAAUCUAAAAGAUCUGGUUCUAAAUCAAAAAUAGACAAAAGUCCCAAUUCAAUGUCCAAAUCUAGAUCUAGAUCUACUAGAGAUGAAGAACAAACUGAGUUAGAAAAGGAUUUGGGCCAAAUGGAUUUUUCUGUUGAUUUGGAUCAAGGUUAUAAUUCCUUAUUUGUUAAGUGGUUAAAAAAAUGUAAUGAAUCCAAGAUUAUUUAUGAAAGAUACAAUAUGAUUAGUCCUGGUCUAUUUGAAAAGCUUUUAACUCAAUACCUGAUUUAUGCAAUCAACAAUAAGGUAAUAACACAUGAGAUUUCAAAAAGUGCCCAAGGAGUUAGUCAUUUUUUGAGUGAAUAUCCAACUAAUUGUCAUAAUUCUUGGAAUAAACUUUUGAAGUUGAUAGAAACAGAAUAUGAAACAAGUGAUAUGGGAUUUAAAACCCUGUUAAUUAGUACAAUACUGGAAUCUCUACAGGUUGCUAAUUUCACACUAUUUAAGGAGGUAGAUUCUCAACAAAAUAAGGAAAGUGAUCAAAAAGAGUUAUCUUCUAAGGAAGAAGAACUCAAUGGGGAAGAAAAAGGUAAAAAUGGUUCUGAGGAUUUUGCCUCAACUCAAAGUAGAUCUACAAUUCAAAAAGAACUAGAAGUUAGUGAACUUUACAGUAUUCUUUCUUCAAAAGAGCAAAAUCCCACAACUUUAUCACAAGCUAGAAUAAUGGAUGAUCUAUUGAUUAGACUUGAGGAACUUCCAGACCAAAGAAAAUCAAGGCUUGAGUUCAAGAAGUAUAUCUCAAACUUGAAAAUGGAUAGAGAAACUGCAACACAGGUACUUGAGCUUUUUGAAGCUGUUGAUUACAUACAAAAUUCCAUGCAUUUACUGAGAGUAAUGUACAUAACUAGUAUGGAGUUGGGCCUUACAACAAAUCCCUUGGAAAUUCUAAUUUCUGUUUGUAGGAAUGCUAAACUAAUUCCCAUUGAUGAACAAGGAGGUGUAAGAGACAAAUCAAAAAAAGGUAAAAGCAUGAGAAGAAGGAAAAAUAAGAAGAGCAAAAAGGGGAGAAGAAGUGAAAAAGAUGAUAUGAUGGAAGCUAGUUAUAUGAAUCAGAAUACCGGUGAAGGAGACGAGGAGACCCACAGAAGUGUCAGUGAAAGCGAAGAUCUUGAGGAAGAAAAUCAGAAAAACGAGGAGGAGCUUCAAAUUGAAGAUAGUAAAGGAGAUAACGAAGAUAUGAUGGAAGAGUGUAAUCCUUUCAAUUAUCUAAGUGAGGAGUUAUUAUCUGAGGAAUAUGAGGGGGAUAUUAUGGAAUCUAUUCAAAAAUCCUCAGUAAAACUGGCUUCACUAAUACUUAGCCUAACAAAUUAUAAUACAAAGAUCUUGAGUAUACACGUGUCUAAUUUGGUAAUCAAGACUGAAAGACUUAUAUUAAGUAAUGUACUAGAGAGCCAAAAAAUUCCUAGUAUGGUUUUAAUCUUAAGUGAGAAGAUUCAUACCUUCCCAUUUAACUUUUUAUCAUCAUUUUCAUACUUGAAAGAGGUUUUUGAAACAAGAACAGCAGCUUUGUUAAAACCAUUCAUACCUUUAUAUCCAUCAUAUACUUUGAUGGGUUUAUAUGGUGACUCAAUAGAAAUUAAGAAUUGGAAGCAAUUAGGUAAAGUGUUAAUGAUGGAGAUAUGCAUUCUUUAUUAUGAUCCAAAGUCACUUUUGGAGUCAGAGUUUGUUAGCUUGUGUAAUUCUACGUGGGAAUCAGAUAAUAAGGAUGAUGAGUAUCAUAAGAAUAUUUCCAAAGCUAAUACAAAAUGCAGGAAACUCUCUAAGGAGGUAAAGAAUCAGGAAAUGAAUGGAAAGAUAGGAAAUAAUUCUCCUACAGUAUUUCUAUUCUGUGAUCUUCUGGAUAAGCUUGUAAAUGGUCCAAGCUCAAGAAAUGAUAGAGGUUUUACUGGGAUUAAGAAAAUGUAUGUUUCAAAAGAAUUUGAGAACAAAUGUGAAAAUAUUAAAUCAUAUAGUAUUCAACAAUCAGGGAACUUAUAUAAUAUGUUAGUUAAGCUAUAA